ACAACAAAACUGCCCUUUGCCAGGAAACAAGGUCAAAGGGGUUAUUACCUCAAAAGUGUUUCCCUUUGCCCAAAUUGCAAGAUUUAUUAUCUCCUUCUCACCAAUCAAAAUUGAGCAGAAACACAAGCCAGUCACAAAAAGUUUUGCUAUAAAAGCCCGCUGGACCUGGCUUUUUGUUUCAUACAAGAAAAUACAGAUCAAGAGGGAAGAUUUCCAUACCAUAACCAGCAGUAUAAUGCAGCUGUACUGGACCUUUGCAGUGGUUACUUGCUGCUUCUUGUCCUUUUCUAGUGAUGCCUUCCAAAGGAUCCCACUCAAGAAAAUGCAGUCCAUUCGACAAUCUCUGCAGAAGAUGGGCAUGAAAGUGGCAGACAUGUUCCCUUCCUUGAAGCACAGUAUAUACUAUCUAGAUGGCAGUCUUCACAAUGGAACAGCUCCUACCAUCCUCACAAACUACUUGGAUAUGCAGUAUUAUGGUGAAAUCAGUAUUGGCACACCAGCUCAGAUUUUCAAAGUAGUCUUUGACACAGGGUCAGCCAAUCUUUGGGUGCCAUCCCAACAGUGUUCUCCACUGUACAGUGCUUGUGUUUCACACAGCCGCUAUGACUCUUCCAAAUCAAGUACAUAUAAGCCAAAUGGGACAGAAAUUGCAAUACAAUAUGGCCAAGGAUACGUUAAGGGUUUCCUUAGCCAAGAUGUUGUCAGAGUUGCUGAUAUUCCUAUUAUCCAAGUGUUUGCAGAAGCUAUAGCACUACCUAACAAACCUUUCAUCUAUGCCAGAUUUGAUGGGAUACUUGGUAUGGGGUAUCCCAGCCAAGCCAUUGAUGGUGUUAUCCCAGUAUUUGAUAAGAUUAUAUCCGAAAAGGUCUUGACUGCAAAAGUUUUCUCUGUCUACUAUAGUAGAAACUCUGAGAUGAACACAGGUGGAGAGCUGAUCCUGGGAGGCAGCGACCCAUCUUACUACACUGGGGACUUCCACUAUGUCAGCAUUACCCAGGAAGGUUAUUGGCAUAUUGAUCUUAAAGGGGUGUCUGUGGGGAGUGAAAUGCUGUUCUGUCAUGAAGGUUGCGUAGCAGCAGUAGAUACUGGGUCCUCCUUUAUUACCGGCCCAGCUAGUGCAGUGUCCAUUUUGAUGAAAACCAUUGGUGCAACUUUGCUUGAAGACACAGAUUAUGUUGUUGAAUGUAAGAAAAUUCAUUUGCUGCCUGAUAUUUCCUUCCAUCUUGGAGACAGAUCCUACACACUCAGUGGCCAUGCCUACGUCCUCCAGCAUUCUGACUAUGGGAAAGAGCUCUGUGCUGUGGCGUUCUCAGCUUUUGACAUUCCACCUCCUUUGGGCCCUCUCUGGAUUCUGGGUGCUACUUUUAUUGGGCAGUACUACACUGAAUUUGACCGGCAGAACAACCGGAUUGGCUUCGCCACAUCCCUUUGACAUCAAGACCAUACUAUUUUGGAAGUUGCUAACUUUUAAGAGAGACUACUUAAACUGUGAAAAAGAAAGGCUUAAUAAUAUAUUAUUUUCAAAAGCACGAAUACUUGCACCAGUAUUGUCUGCAAAAAGCUUCAAAUUACUGUUUUACAACCAAAAGCUGUAACAUACUGAAUCAUAUAACCCUUGGAUUGUACUUUCCUCCUUCCUUGCUGUCCACUAAAGUCAGCUAAGUGAGUGUUGUAUUUUCACUCUUAAAAUCAGGAUGACUGUGAUUUUUUCCAUUUUCUAUUGUAGUCUGUAAAGCAGUGUACAGCUGGCCAUCCAUAUCCACAA